GACCUCUUCGCGCCCGGACAGCAGCACUCAGACCUGUGGCUAAGCCUCUUUUCUGGGAAGACAUAUCCUGGUCCAGUCUCACUGCAGAGUCCUCCUUGUAGCAUAGCGGCGCUUUGGCUCUACUGCGCUGUGACCUAGUCUUCAUGAGCGUUCGCAAGCGUCCACCGCCUUCUGAACCUCUCCUACCAUUGCGCGCCCCGAAACAUCGUCGGCUCGCGGACAGACACGUCAACGAAAGCGAGAACUCUGUGGUUCGUAUGGAAGGAGCGAGUGGAUACAUUCAGUCGGGCCUAGAUCUCAUGAAACGAGUCGAAAUGGCCGUCCGGACAUUUCUCCAAGAACAUACUGUGGAUGCGAGUACCCUGCCAUCUGGCCCUCAUUCGGAAUCAUCAGUAGCUCGGCCAGCUGCUUCGCUCCCACCACGCCGUCCAUCACGCCCCGCCAUUCCGUCGGAAUUUAAGUCGGGGGCGCGGCCACAAAACACUUCAUCAUUUAUCCAAGCUACCUCCUCCAUACCGCGUAAAGUAUCACAGCGUGCUCCUAAGGUGCCUCCUGCCGAGGUGCAAAUCCCUCCCACUACUUCGUCCACGAAUUGUGUUCAGCCCGCUAUCCCUCCUCGAUCGCGAAGGCAGUCGGAACCAAAUGUCAGCGCCCGCGCAAAGGUGCUGGAGCCUCCAGCUCAACCUACCCAACGCGCAUCUGCACGGCCACAAGCAGCACCAACCCCGCAAAUACCGCCACAUGCGGGACCCGCAAAUCAUGUCAACAGUCGCAAAAAGUACAUCAGGCGCGAUCAUAUCUUUGAGAAGAAACACAAGGCCAAAGUGAAGGAGACGAGAGAGAAGGACAUGGAAGAAAUGGCGAAGAAGAUAUUUGAGGUCAAACGACGAGACGGCUUUACUGGGGAUUAUGCCUCUUACAAGAGUCUUCUGCACUACCAAGCGCGACUGGACAGACUCCAGAAUCGGAACGAAGGGCCACUGGCCGCAUUAUCUGCAUCCGCUUCCUUGACUGAUCUGCGUCCGACUUCACUUGAAGAGGAUGCGAUAACUGAGGACUUCUUGCAACGCGCGCUUGACAAGGCUAACGCCUCACUUGCGAGCCGCGUUCCAGUCAAGUUCGAUGUGGAAUCUCCGACGCACCAGCGUAUCUGCGCUGAACAACGCGCCCUCAGUGACACGAUCACCCGUUUUCUUCGUGGACAGUGGUUGCCGGCCUCAUUACCCGCACCAGAUGACGCAUUGGUCGAUGAUUUGCUCUCCAGGCGCGGCGUGGUCUCGAAAUGCGCAAGGGAGCAAGUCUCCGACAAGGAUCUUGCCCGCUUGAGGCCCGGCCAAUGGCUCAACGACGAGAUCAUCAACUUCUACGGACAGCUGAUCAUGACGCGUGCUGAAGCCAGCAAGGAGAACCCAGGAAUGAACGCCCAGAGAAGAUGUCUCAAUGUUCACUACUUCAGCUCGUUCUUCUGGUCGAAACUGGAGAAGGACGGCUAUGAGAAAGCGAGAUUGGCAAAGUGGACAAAGAAGUUCGACAUCUUCUCGAAGGACAUGGUCCUCGUCCCUGUCAAUCACCGCAACGUACACUGGACUGCUGCCGCCAUCAACUUCCGUCGGAAACGGAUUGAGUCGUACGAUAGUAUGGGUAUGCCCAGGGAGGAGGUCUUCAAGCUCCUGAGAGGGUAUCUCGACGCUGAGCAUCGGAACAAGAAGAAGAAGCCGUUCGACUUCACAGGCUGGAAAGACUAUGUGCUAGAUGAGACCCCGCAGCAGGGCAAUGGCUACGACUGCGGUGUCUUCACCUGCCAAUUCCUCGAAAACCUCUCCAGGGGUAGAGAACGGUUCCUGUUCAGGCAACACGACGUGCCGUAUCUGCGUCGACGCAUGAUAUGGGAAAUUGGCAACGCAAAACUACGCGAAGACGCACCGUAGUAGCACAUCUUCCGGGCUCAUAUCUAUUAUCUCCUCGCAUUCAUCAUAUCCUAGUAGUGGUGGUUUCGGGAUCAGUUUGUAGCAGGUAGUCUAACGAUAUCUUCAGCGGUGCGCUGGGGAAGUAUUCGGUAUCUGCCCUCCGUGCAUAUAGGAGUGAUCUUAGUGUCGGCGUUCCUUGAGCCACACAUAUUAGCAAACUCGC